UAGCGACCCGCGCUUUAGUGAGAUAUCCAGCUUCCGAUCUUCACCGAGAAUUCACCGAAUGGACAUGCAGAGCAAAGCGGAAAGAUGCUGAUGUUCUGGUUUGAAUUGAGUUCUAGUUAUCAAUUUUGGUCCGAGGCAGUAGCGAGGUUUACAAAUUUCCAAGAAAUUAUUUUUGCUUAGUGUAGAAGUACCGCAUUUGCCUUGGCGGCCGUAAGAAAACUACGUACACUCCGCAUAUUUAUAGCAUUCAUUAGACUUCGCCUUUUUCAUCUUUGUCCCCACUCUGAAUCAUUUUGAUAUUCGCGCAAGUACAUCCAUGACGCCUCGUGUCGUGGAGGUGAACGUAGAAUUUCCUCCAAGCCGACACCAAAACCGCCAGAACCGGGGCAAACAAGUUUUGAUUCAAAGAGGGAAGUUGACAAGUUCGUGACCAGCGACGUCAUCAAAAUAUAGUAAUCUCCCGGCGACCACCAGCAGCAUGAGCUUUCCUCCCGGGAUUCCCCUCCCGCCGGGCGUGGCGCCGCCGGGGGAUUUGCAACAAAUGCAGCAAAUGAUGCUCCAGCAAAUGCAACAGGCGGCGGGACAGGUAUAAUAUUGCUUAAAUCAAAUGAAAGUAGACCUGCAUCUAUAUUUCCAUGGCAAUUUUGCUUGCUGUACUGAAUAGCGUGCCACAGGAAUGUACCUGUGGAAUCUUGAAUUGGUAAUCCCAUUAGUGCUCGUCUGUAGCUGCUUCUCGUGAUAACGAUUGAAGAAACUUCAAUUUGAUCAUGUGAAAACGGGGCAGAAUGCAUGCACGUGCAGCCGGGCUUUAUUGCACAAAAACCGCGAGAACGUGGCGUGUAGUUCUCAUCGGAUCUUAGACAUUUACAUCUAACUACACUAAGACUAAUUUAUGUGCAGAUUCGCGCGAAGCCGAAGGAAACUCAUCGUCAAUAAACUUUGACUUUCGCAACACACCUUGAUAUUAUCGUCAAAACAGGCCGGUCUCGAGGGCCAAGUUCCCCUACCACCGGGUAUCCCGAUGCCUCCGGGAAUGGGCGGUCUUCCGGCCGGGAUGGUCCCGCCCCCACCGGGAAUGGACCCUAGUAUGAUGGCCGCCGGUGGUACCAUAAACGGCGCUUUUUCCGCUGACAUGAUGAAUAUGCAGAUGAUGCCAGACCAGUCACUGCUCGGUCCUGGCCCAAUUUCCUCUGACCCGAUGGAGGUGGACCCGGAGGAGCAGGCACGCAUGGACGCGUUAGACGAAAAAGCGCGGAAGUGGCAGGCACUGAACGCGCGGCGGUUCGGGCAAAAGCGAAAAUUUGGCCACACGGACCAGGGCAAGGAGGAAAUGCACCCCGCGAGUCUGCGGAAAAUCAUCAAGGACCACGGGGACAUGACCAGUCGGAAGUUCCGCCACGACAAGAGGGUCUACCUGGGUGCGUUGAAGUACGUACCACACGCAGUAUACAAAUUGCUGGAAAACAUGCCAUACCCCUGGGAGCAAGUCCGAAAUGUGCAGGUAAUGGAGGAACUGGGGAAGGAUAUCUUCAAUUUUUUUCUGAUGAUUUUGUUUCUAUGAACAGGGGGACGGAGGAAAAAUCACUAUCUUGAAAAUCGAAAAUAUAGAAAGAGUUGCACUCUGGAAAGAAAACUACAUCACACUCCAGGUCGUGUACCACAUCACCGGCGCGAUCACCUUCUGCGCGUCGAUCCCGAAGGUGGUCGAGCCUAUUUUUAUUGCGCAGUGGGCCACAAUGUGGAUCAUGAUGCGCCGCGAGAAGCGCGACCGGCGACAUUUUAAGCGAAUGCGAUUUCCACCCUUCGACGACGAGGAGCCGCCGCUCGACUACGGCGACAACGUCCUAGAUGUGGAGCCAUUGGAGGCAAUUCAGAUGCGACUGGACGAACAGGAGGACGUAUCGGGAGGAGAAAAAUCUGUUUCGUCAUUUCUGUGAUAAUAUUGAAAAUCAAAAUCUAAAAGCAUGGCUGGACAUUUCCAUUUGCAAUGCAUAUAGCACAUUCUUGCAGAAAACCAAAUAGGAACUGUAGACAUGCCGGUUUCGGACAACAGGAAGACAACAGGGCCGCUUUUCGUGUUUUGACUUUUCUGCACAUAAAGUUGAUCGCAGUGAAGAACGAAGCAGCAUUUCUCCCCUUCCAUAAGCCGCUCCGGUGAUCGACUGGUUUUACGACAGCCAACCCCUGGCGAAUAUGGAAAACCACAUCAACGGCAAGUCCUACAAAAAGUGGUUCUUGAAUCUCGCCCAGAUGGGCGUGCUGUACCGGUUGGCAAACCAACUGGUGUCCGACCUGCUGGACCGCAAUUACUUUUACCUCUUCGACCUCCAGAGUUUCAAAACGGCGAAGGCAUUGAACCUUGCGAUCCCGGGUGGGCCGAAGUUUGAGCCGCUGUACCGCGACAACUUUGCCGAGGACGAGGACUGGAACGAAUUCAACGACAUCGCAAAACUGAUCAUCCGGCACCCGAUUCGGACCGAGUACAAAAUCGCCUUUCCCUUCGUCUACAACAACCGGCCAAGAAAGGUAAGAGGACAGGAAUUGAUUUAUUGUAGAGGAGCUUGUUGUUGAUUUCGAUUUCUAUUUCUUUGAUCGUGCAGCCUGUCUGUGAAGAAACAUUCGGGCCUGAUGAAUCUGGCGACUGCGAUGGAAAAAUAGGCUUAUACCUAGCUCCGCUAUAGCAACAAGAGGUGACGAAGUAGCCAACAUUAUAUACUACAAAAUAGAAUUUCUAUUUCAUUGUUUCUGCAUCACCACUCAGGUCGCCCUCGUCCGUUACUUCACCCCCCACGUGUGCUACAUCAAGGCCGACGAUCCCGACCUCCCGGCUUUCUACUACGACCCCAUCAUCCACCCCCUGCCGGCCUACAAAACUUUGUCCACCAAUGCGGUGUCCGGGGAACAGGAAAAGGAACAGAAGGAGGAAGAGGAGUACAUCGAGUCUCUCCUGACUGACUUCGAGUUGCCGCAGGACGUGAGCCCGCUCCUGGAGGAAACCCCGCUGUUCACGGAGGAGACCGCGCAGGGCAUUCUGCUGUACUGGGCCCCCCACCCCUUCAACCAGAAGGCCGGCAUGACCCGCCGCGCCCAGGACGUGCCGCUGGUACAGCAGUGGUUCCGCGAGCACUGCCCCAGCACCAACCCGAUCAAGGUGCGCGUCAGUUACCAGAAGCUGCUGAAAUGCUGGGUGCUGAACGCGCUGCACAAGCGGCAGCCGCGCAGCCAGAACCGAAGGGACAUGUUCAAGGUGUUCGCCGCGACGAAGUUUUUCCAGAAAACCACGCUGGACUGGGUGGAGGUCGGGUUGCAGGUCUGUCGCCAGGGCUACAACAUGCUCAAUUUACUGAUCCACCGGAAAAACCUGAACUACCUGCAUUUGGACUACAACUUCAACUUGAAACCCGUGAAAACGUUGACGACAAAGGAAAGAAAGAAGUCCCGGUUCGGGAACGCGUUCCACCUGUGUCGAGAAAUCCUGCGGUUGACGAAAUUGGUUGUGGAUUCCCACGUCCAGUACCGCUUAGGGAACGUCGACGCCUACCAGUUGAUACGAAAACGAAAAAAAUUGCGUCGGGUAUCUUGUUCUCGACGUCUACUUCUAGUUGCAAGAGCAUAUGUUUGCAUCAUUUUGGCAUGACGAGCACGUGUCUGCGUUGCAAAUAAUCAAAGGAAGCUGAUUUUGUGCGCCUUAUGAAACAAGGAAGUAAGUAACUGGUCCUGCGUGCUGUGGCUGUGCGCUUACCGCUAGUGCGAGUACAGGUAUCUCGUCCGUAAUGAUGCGAGAUGGACAUGAGUGAAUGCAUCUUGAAAGAUCUCGAGAUAUUACCAACGACGAUUUUUCGUUUUCAUAAUUCGCGGACGGACUGCAGUACAUUUUCGCGCACGUCGGUCAGUUGACCGGGAUGUACCGCUACAAGUACCGGUUGAUGCGGCAGGUGCGGAUGUGCAAGGACUUGAAGCACCUUCUCUACUACCGCUUCAACACCGGGCCGGUGGGCAAGGGCCCGGGCUGCGGGUUCUGGGCCCCGGGGUGGCGGGUGUGGCUCUUCUUCCUCCGCGGGGUGGUCCCCCUGCUGGAGCGGUGGUUGGGCAACCUGCUCGCGAGGCAGUUUGAGGGGCGUGUCAGCAAGGGUGUAGCGAAAACGAUCACGAUAUCAAAAUGAAAAAUGCCCCCUCCCCAUAUUAAAACGGAAAUUUGUGAUGCACAUUUGUGACCACAAAUCAUCUUUGUCUUGCGUAUAGGGUCAUAGGAGCCACUUAACGCAUUCCAGAGCAAGUCUGUCAUGCGCUUUCGAAUGCUGCAAACCUGUUUGCCAUGCGCAAUUGCUAGCCUUCUGCAUACCCAAACAGGCUCAGAAAAUGCCGCCCAGCACUUUCUGCAAGACAAGUCUGAUUUGUGUACACAAAUCCAGCAUCAGAAGUUCCGUUUUGAUAUGGGGAGGGGGGAUUUUUCCUCUCAAUACACGAAACAGCGAGUGGAAUCCACGUACGACCUGGAGUUGCGCGCGUCCGUGAUGUAUGAAAUGUAAAAAUGUCUGGGUCUGGAAAGUUGGAACUUGUGAUGCGCAUUUCACAACACAGACAAAUCUCUCAUGCAUAGGCAGGAAAAGGUGCCCAUUUCCUGUCACCAAAAUGGGGGAUUUGUGAUGCGGAUAAAGCAAUGCGGAAGCUUCUCGAAAUCUGUGAUGCUAGGGCUUCCAUGACAGACAUUCUGUGUCAUGCAAAAACAGCAUGACAAAAAUCUGCAUUCUUCCAGACCCAGACAUUUUUACAUUUGAUAUGAUGCACGACAUCGUUGACAUGAUGCCGCAGGGCUUGAAGGCGAGCAAGUCCAAGACGAUUUUGCAGCACUUGUCCGAGGCCUGGCGGUGCUGGAAGGCCAACAUCCCGUGGAAGGUGCCGGGUCUGCCCGCGCCCAUCGAAAACAUGAUUUUGCGGUACGUGAAAUCCAAGGCCGAUUGGUGGACCAACGCGGCCUACUACAACCGCGAGCGGAUCCGCCGCGGUGCCACGGUCGACAAGACCGUGUGUAAGAAGAACCUGGGACGGCUGACCCGGUUGUGGUUGAAGACGGAACAGGAACGGCAACAGAACUACCUGAAGGACGGACCGUACUUGAGUGGCGAAGAGGCGGUGGCGAUUUACACCUCCGUCGUGCACUGGCUGGAAUCGCGGAAAUUUGCCCCCAUCCAGUUCCCGCCCAUCAACUACAAACACGACACGAAGUUGCUGAUUCUGGCGUUGGAACGCUUGAAGGAGACCUUCGGCAUGAAAGCGCGGCUGAACCAGCAGGAGCGAGAGGAGCUCGGGCUGAUCGAACAAGCCUACGACAAUCCGCACGAGUCCCUGGGGCGCAUCAAAAGGCACUUGCUGACCAUGCGGGCUUUCAAGGAACUCACGGUGGAAUUCCAGGACGUGUACGCGAAUUUGGUCCCGGUCUACGAGGUGGAGCCGCUGGAAAAGAUCACGGACGCGUACUUGGACCAGUACCUCUGGUACGAGGGCGACGCCCGAGGCUUAUUCCCGAACUGGAUCAAACCGGCCGAUUCGGAGCCGCCGCCGCUGCUGGUCUACAAAUUCGCGCAGGGAAUUAACAACUUGAACGAGGUGUGGGAAACGAACAACGGGCAGUGUGUGGUCAUGAUGCAGUCCAAGUUCGAGCAGGUGGCGACCAAAAUCGACUUGACACUGCUGAACAGGUUGCUGCGCUUGAUCGUCGAUCACAACAUCGCAGACUACAUGAGUGGGAAAAACAAUUGCAGCAUCAACUACAAAGACAUGAGUCACACCAACUGCUACGGGAUCAUCCGCGGGUUGCAAUUCUCCAGUUUCGUCUUCCAGUACUGGUGUCUCGUGCUGGAUCUGCUGGUAUAGAAACAACUUCUCUGUUGGACUUUUCAUGUUUUCUCUUGUUUACUUCAUUACUUCCAAAAAUGUUUUUUUUUGCGCUUUAGACACACAAGAGAAACCCUUUGAUUAUCAACUAAAUCAAAAACCCACCCCAGUCUCUCGGGCUGACCCGCGCGUCUGAGCUGGCCGGUCCGCCGCAACUGCCCAACGAAUUCCUCCAAUUUCCGGACGUGGAGACCGAAACAAGACACCCGGUCAGGUGUUACGUGCGGUACCUGGAGAAAUUUUGGAUGGUCUUUCUGUUCAGCAAGGAAGAGUCAAGAGAUCUGAUUCAACGGUACCUCACCGAGAACCCGGAUCCGAACAACGAGAACAUUGUCGGCUACAACAACAAACCCUGCUGGCCCCGGGAUUGCCGCAUGCGGAGAAUCAAGCACGACGUGAAUCUUGGGCGGGCGGUCUUCUGGGAGAUCCAGAACCGACUACCCCGGUCGCUGACCUUCCUCGACUGGGACAACAGUUUCGUUUCCGUGUACUCGAAAGACAAUCCAAAUCUACUCUACGACAUGUGCGGGUUCGAGGUCCGGAUUUUGCCGAAAAUCCGGACGUACCAGGAAACGUUCUCCAUGAAGGAGGGCGCGUGGAAACUGCAGAACGACAGCACGAAGGAAAUGACCGCGCAGGCAUUCCUGCGGGUCGCGGACGACGGCUGCAAGGAAUUUGAGAACCGGGUCCGACAGGUGCUGAUGGCCUCCGGAUCCACGACCUUCACAAAAAUCGCGAACAAGUGGAACACCGCCCUGAUCGGGCUCAUGACCUACUACCGCGAGGCAGUCAUUCACACGGACGUCUUGUUGGACCUGCUGGUGAAGUGCGAGAACAAGAUCCAAACGCGCAUCAAGAUCGGCCUGAACUCGAAAAUGCCGUCCAGGUUCCCGCCGGUGGUCUUUUACACACCGAAAGAGUUGGGGGGGUUGGGUAUGCUGUCCAUGGGACACAUCCUCAUUCCGCAAAGCGAUCUGAGGUACUGAUGACACUGAUCCUGACUUAGAACUGCAUCAUGUGAUGGCUAUGUGAUUAUUUACAGUGUGAUUUACUUUUACAAGCAGCACCCACCGUACUACAUGACAGCGAAUGUCUCUCGAGUAAAGCAGAUCUAAUUUGAGUACAGCGAAUCUACUCCUGCUUCUAUUCCUAAGUUUAAUGCGCCACGAAAAAACUUUAAACAGGUACACCCGGCAGACCGACACGGGUAUUACGCACUUCCGCGCGGGUCUUUCGCACGAGGAGGAUCAGCUGAUUCCGAACCUUUACCGGUACAUGCAGACCUGGGAGCAGGAAUUCCUCGACAGUCAGCGCGUGUGGGCUGAGUUCGCGCUGAAGAAACAGGAGGCGAACACGCAAAACCGGAGAUUAACCUUAGAAGAUUUGGAGGACAGUUGGGACCGCGGGGUGCCGCGUAUUAACACGCUGUUCCAGAAGGACCGGCACACGCUCGCCUUUGACAAGGGGUGGCGAAUUCGGCAGGACUUCAAGCAGUACCAAAUCCUCCGCAUGAACCCCUUUUCCUGGACCCACCAGCGACACGACGGGAAGCUGUGGAAUCUGAACAACUACCGAACCGAUAUGAUCCAGGCGCUCGGGGGUGUGGAGGGGAUUUUGGAGCACACGCUCUUCAAGGGCACCUACUUCCCGACCUGGGAGGGUCUGUUUUGGGAGAAGGCGAGUGGGUUCGAGGAAGCCAUGAAGUUCAAGUCGCUGACCAACGCGCAACGCAGUGGUCUGAACCAGAUCCCCAACCGGCGGUUCACCCUGUGGUGGUCGCCGACCAUCAAUCGCGCGAACGUGUACGUCGGGUUCCAGGUGCAGUUGGAUCUAACGGGAAUCUUCAUGCACGGCAAGAUUCCGACGCUGAAGAUCUCGCUGAUCCAGAUUUUCCGCGCGCACUUGUGGCAGAAGAUCCACGAGUCGCUGGUGAUGGAUUUGUGUCAAGUGUUUGAUUUGGAGCUGGACACACUUGAAAUCGAGAUGGUGCAGAAGGAAACGAUCCACCCGCGUAAAUCCUACAAGAUGAACUCCUCGUGCGCCGACAUCCUGCUGUUCGCCUCGCACCGGUGGCCCAUUUCCAAACCCUCAUUGCUGACCGAGUCGAAGGACGCAAACGACCCCGGAGUGGUGUCGCAGAAGUACUGGGUUGACAUGCAGAUGCGGUGGGGCGACUACGACUCGCACGACAUCGAGCGGUACUGCCGCGCGAAGUUUUUGGACUACACGACCGACAACAUGUCCAUCUACCCCUCGCCCACCGGCGUCCUGCUCGCGGUCGACCUGGCGUACAACCUGCACUCGGGCUUCGGCAACUGGUUUCCGGGCGUCAAGCCGUUGCUGCACCGUGCGAUGAAUAAGAUCAUGAAGGCAAAUCCGGCGAUGUACGUGAUGCGCGAACGCGUCCGUAAGGGGCUGCAACUCUACUCCUCCGAAGCGACGGAACCGUACCUGAACUCGACCAAUUUCGGCGAAUUGUUCAGCUCGCAGAUUAUCUGGUUCAUCGACGACACGAACGUGUACCGCGUGACCAUCCACCGAACGUUCGAGGGAAACAUGACGACCAAACCCGUGAACGGGGCGAUCUUCAUCUUCAACCCGCGGACCGGGCAGUUGUUCCUGAAAAUUAUCCACACCUCCGUGUGGGCGGGGCAGAAGCGGUUGGCGCAGUUGGCCAGGUGGAAGACGGCGGAGGAGGUCGCCGCGCUGAUUCGGUCGCUACCGCCGGAGGAACAGCCACGCCAGCUGAUCGUGACGCGAAAGGGUAUGUUGGACCCGCUGGAGGUGCACUUGCUGGACUUCCCCAACAUCGUGAUCAAGGGUUCGGAGUUGAUGCUGCCCUUCAUGUCCUGUAUGAGCAUCGAGAAGUUCGGGGAUUUGAUCCUGAAAGCGACGCAGCCGGAAAUGGUUCUCUUCAACCUGUACGACGACUGGCUGAAGACGAUUUCCCCCUACACCGCCUUCAGUCGCCUGCUGCUGAUCCUCCGUGCCCUGCGUGUCGCGUCCGACCGCACGAAGGUCAUCCUCCGCCCGGACAAGACGACCAUCACGCAGCAGCACCACGUGUGGCCGACGUUGACGGAGCAGGAGUGGAUGCAAGUGGAGGUGCAGAUGCGAGAUUUGAUCCUCGCAGAUUACGGAAAGCGACACAACAUCAACGUCGGGGCACUCACGCAGAACGAAAUCCGCGACAUCAUCCUGGGGAUGGAGAUCGCGCCGCCGACCCUGCAGAAACAACAAAUCGAGGAGCUGGAAAAGAGCGGAAAGGAAAGCAACGCAAUCACGACGGUAUAGAUUUUUUAAAAUGUUGAAAGUGUAAGUCGUGAGUGCGAGAAGGGGAAGGCGAAGAACCACAAUAAGAAUCAGUAAGUUCUUGUAGCUUGUGCAUUACUGCCGUCCCCGCCGUCUGUUGCAAAUUCCGCGAGGAGGCAGCACACCACGCACGGCAGCAUGUCAUCAGUGGUGUCAUGAUGUGCAUGUACCAAUAGCAAGUAUGUGACAAAUUUAUAUAAAAAUUUAUUUUCAAAACGAAAAAUUCCAGGUCACGACCAAGACUCUGAACGUGCACGGGCAAGAAAUGGUGAUCACCACCGUCUCUCCCUACGAAAACCAACGAUUCGCGUCCAAAACCGAGUGGCGCGUCCGGGCCAUUGCCGCGUCGACGUUGCACCUGCGUACCAAUCAGUUGUACGUGAACUCCGAAGACAUUCGAGAGUCCGGAUACACCUACGUGAUGCCGAAGAAUAUCCUGCGACAGUUUAUCUGCAUUUCCGACCUGCGCACCCAGGUGGCGGUGUAUCUGUACGGAAAGUCUCCGGCCGACUCCCCGCAAGUCAAGGAAAUCUGGUGCAUGGUGCUGGUGCCGCAGUUGGGGACGCACCAGUCCGUGCAGUUACCGAAUUUGCUGCCGGAAGAGGUUGCAACGGGCGAAUUCUUGAAGGAUCUGGAACCCCUCGGGUGGCUGCACACGCAAUCCGCAGAAUUCAAGGACUGCUCCGCAAUUGACAUGACACAGCACGCGCGAAUCAUGACCGAACACAAGAGCUGGCUCGCAGAUCAGGCGAUUAUCGGUACGUUCUAUAAGAUGGAAGUUUUAUUUUUUUUGGCUGCUCGUUGUGACUAGAUGUUGGCUCUACUUCUAGUGGUGAAGAACAUAAGAGAUACUAGACUACACUAACACAACCGCGCGCCCGCCGGACAGAUUUCGGACGUUUCUCCAAAUAAACUAGGUACCUGUUCCUUCACGCCGGGUUCCUGUUCGCUGACCGCGUGGCGACUCACGUCCCAGGGUUUCCAGUGGGCCAAGACGAACAAGGACGUGCAGAACCCGCAGCCGUCCGGCUACAAACCCGAGUUUGCGGAAAAAGCGCAGCUGUUGCUCUCGGACAUCUUUUUGGGCUUCUUCAUGGUCCCGGAGGGAGGCCUGUGGAACUACCACUUCAUGGGAUCCAAAAUGCGACCGGACAUGAAGUACGUGCUACUACUACUUGUUGUGAUUUAUUAAUUUUGCAUCAGUUUGUCAUUUCAUGGUAGAAGAAAUUUUGGUGUGUCAAAGUCCAUACGCUUGAUGUGCGGUAGUACUUACGCAAGAAACCCAGGUGGCCGUGCGCUCCAACGCGCGCGUGCAGCAACAUGAGUUUCGCGUUCGACCUAGAAGACGAAAAAAAAUCGUGGAGAAAAAAGGAAAAACCAACAUUGCCAUGCACAUCCAACAGGUACUCCCUCGUCCUAGAGACGCCGAAUGAGUUUCACCACGAAAUCCACCGACCCCAGCACUUCUUGACCUUCACGGAGAGUAUGAACCAACAGGAAAACGACAAAGCACAGGAAGCAGAUCGGGAGGAUCUGUUCGCGUAGAAGAGAGUGGGCGACGUGAUACAGAUAGAUCGGGAAGAAAUUGGUGAAGAGGGAGGUGCAAAUCGAAAUUGUUGAAAAUGUACACUUAGUUUCAUCCUCAAAGGGAAUACAGCUGUAUUUAUGGGAACAAAUAUGCAAAAACUUGUAUCACCGAAAAUAUCAAGUAUAAGAAGAAAAAGAUUGAUGCUGCUGGGUUCUUGAGCAGGAAAGAAGUAAAGAACUUUUCUUUUCAUCUUGCGUCAACUGCGUCAGCUGGAUCCAGUGCUAGCCUUCGUGUAGUAGAGACGAGAGUGACUGAUCUACUACAUCAAGCGCGUAGCAAACGGCUUUACACAUUUCCUCAGAGCCUCAAGUAGUAUAUGUACUUAUGUAGAGACAGUAUUUUCAUGUUGUUCGUAGCUCUAAUCUACAGCGUUGCUAUGCAGACAGACUCGUGGUUUCAGUCCUGUCUGCAUGAGUCCGCAGCACGCGGACUCGAAAAAUCUACAACCAGGAUCAACGAGAACUACAAGCUUCGGCGACGUAUCGCUGGGCAAAGAAGCAAGUCGUUGGAUGAUUGCAGUAAGCUCCGGAGGUAAUUCGAAGAAACCUUUUAACGAAGUUGUAGGGAGGAGUUGUAGGGAGGAGUAACGAACAGAGGAAAAGAAAGUUUCCAGUCUCAAAACGAGCUUUAACAUUGCCGCAAAUUUCAUACUGAAUACUUUGAUUCGCUGAAAGAAAAAAAAGUGUUGAAGCCCAGUUACGCUGAC